UAGAAACUUGGAGAAGAAACAUUGAAUAGAACAACAAUGAAACACCAUUGUUUUCUCCUCUAAAUCUUCUCCCCACUAUCUCUCUUCUUUUACUUUAUUUCUCUUUUUCUCAUUUCUUUUGUGUAUAAUUGUUAAUCCCUGAAUUUUAUAUAUUAUUGAAAACAUUUCAUUCGUUAAUUUAUAUAGCUAACCAUGAGAUCGUUUUUAAAGUUUGUUUCACGUUGCGUUAAAAACCCUGAAGUGUCCACGACGGAAGAGGUGGUGGUGACGGCUCCAGGGAGGGAGGAGACAAGGUCUUUUAUGGCUCCUAAAAUGGUGGCACUGAAGAAGAAGAAGAAGAGGGUAAAGGUAGGGACGCCAUUCUCUACGACUCCUGACUGGAAACCUUCGUUGUAUGUAAUCUCGGAGGAUAACGUUUUGGCGGAGAAGAGAGAGAAAAUAACGCCGGAAGCUUCAACAACGCCGGCUGAUAGAGCGGUGAAGAGGAAGAGCGGGGUAGGGUCACGCUCCAAAGUUCACGUUCGAAGCUACAGUGACGACAUCGGGCGAAAUCAAGAACCAGUGGUCAUCCCAACAUUUUCUCCAACUCCUUUUAUGUUUUGAUAAUCUUUUAUUUCCAUGUAUUAAAUUAGUAAUAGAUACAUAGUGUAAAUUUGUAGGAAACAAAAUUUAGCAAUUGUAUUAGUGAGGAAAAUGAAUAUGUAUAUAUCUACUGUAUUCCAUAUAUGUAAGUUAAAAGUUUUAUGUA